AUGCGCUGCCGUGCGCAAGAGCUGCUCCGUCGCACUCAGCCAUGCGACGUCUUGCGCUCAUCGCCGCGACGAUUCGUACAGAUCGCGGCCACUCCAUCGUCGACCAAUCCCACCGUCGCCUCUGCUGCCGCCGACAGCACUGCUCCUGAUGCCCAAUUCGAGGUCCUCGGCAGCCCUUUCUCUCUUCUUUCGGCAUCCAUCUCUGCAUCGCAGAACCUUUAUACCCGCAAAGGCUCCCUCGUUGGCUUCCACGGCGAUGCUGAGAGCACUGUUUCUUCUCUUUCCGUCCUCGAACCUUUCCGCCGUGCCGCCUUCGGAAUCCCUUUCCUCUACCAAAAAGUCACCUCGACCGCUCCCUAUACCGCUUUGAUCUCGUCCAAGUCUCCUCUUACCACUUUCUCUGUUAUCCACCUCGAUGGUCGCCUUGACUGGAUGAUCGCCCAGAGAAAUGCUCUUCUUGCCUGGACUGGUCACACUCUCUCCAUCAAGCCUCAGAUCAACACCUCGAUGAGCAUUGCGCACUGGGGCAGUUCUCGCGUUACUGGCCGUGGACUUCUCUGCUUGUCAGGCAAGGGUCAGGUCUAUCAGCUCGCCCUGAAGUCUGGCGAGGAGUACAUUGUCCACCCUAGCAAUGUCAUUGCUUAUAGCAUCAUGCAACACGCCCCUCAGCCUUACCGCUUCAAGUCAUCGAACCUGCGCCUGCAGAUUCCCAAUGCCUUCUCAUACCUACCCGAUACCAGGUUCUUCAAGGUCGUCCGUCAAUCAAAUGUCUGGCGGGUCGUGGCCAAUACUUUGUUCACCAUCCGUACCUGGGCUCGUCGCUCAAUAUGGGGAGAUAGAAUGUUCCUCCGAUUCCAGGGACCUGCCAACAUCCUUUUACAGUCAAGAGGUGCCAAGUUGACCGACGCCUUUACUGCUCGUGAUGUUAACGAGGCUGCCGAUACUCCUGCCGGCGUGCUGCAGGCCGGAAAGCCAGUCACUCCUGCCGUCACUGACGCUUCUCCUUCUACCCCUCCUGCCCCGACCAAGCUCAGCUACGCAACAGUGGAGAGCGAUGGCAAGGUCACUAUUUCCAAGUCAUGA